ACGCUUUUAAAUAUGGCUGAUGUUUCGUAAACUGUGUGGCGGAACAACAUUUUCAGAACUGUAUUUUGAGGGACUCUAUAAGGGACGUACCAAUACAAUGACCGCUUACGCACAUGUGAGUUUUGUCACCACAUACUUCCGGUUAAAGAAUAAUAUUUUGUAAACAGUAUAAUGUUAAAUAUUUAAAAACACAACUCGUUUUAAGAUAAACACUCGUUGAAGCUCUUCCCGAGACAUGAAAAUUAACAUUUAAUUCUAAAGCUAUCGGGUUACGCCUCACAAAUAUUCUGAACUAACGGCAUGUUUUAAGUUAAACAUAUUCAAUAACUCGUAUUUUUCCUAAUAUCCUUAUGCUAAGACUGUUAUCGGUCAACUUUAGAGGGCUUACAGAGCACAAGACACUCUUAGGUCUUAAUUUCAGUACAUCAUCUGUCAUGGCCAAAAGCAAAUUUGAAUACGUGAGAAACUUUGAGCUCGACGACACAUGUUUGAGAAACUGUUACAUUGUGGUUCGGCUAGAUGGACGCAACUUCCACAAGUUUUCUGAGCAGCAUAACUUCAUGAAGCCCAGUGAUAACCGAGCUCUGGGUUUGAUGAGUCGCAGUGCCCGUUCAGUCAUGGAAGAGCUGGAGGACAUCACUAUAGCCUAUGGACAGAGUGAUGAGUUCAGCUUUGUGUUCAAAAGAUCAAGCACUUGGUUCAAAAGAAGGGCCAGUAAACUAAUGACCCAUGUGACAUCCCAGUUUUCCUCUAGCUUCGUUUACUACUGGAAGGAGUAUUUUGGGGAGCAGCCGCUGCUGUACCCUCCCAGCUUUGAUGGCAGGGUGGUUCUGUAUCCGAGCAAUCGUAACCUAAGAGACUAUCUAAGCUGGAGACAGGCAGAUUGUCACAUUAACAAUUUGUACAACACUACGUUUUGGACGCUGGUGCAGAAAGGUGGACUGACCACAACACAAGCUGAGGAGAGACUCAGUGGAACACAAGCAGCAGAUAAGAAUGAGAUCUUGUUUUCGGAGUUCAAUAUCAAUUACAGUAAUGAAUCCCCACUGCACAAAAAAGGCAUGACUUUAAUAUGGGAAAAGGUGAAUGAAACCACAACUAAACUGAUCAAGCGGCCAGAUGAAGGAGAGACAGAAAUAAAUGUAACACGGACAAGAAAGAAGGUCACAAGUCAUUCCUGUGAUAUCAUUGGAGAUCAGUUCUGGGAAGAACAUCCAGACAUUCUGGAAAGUGACCAGUGUUGAUCACAUGGUUAAAAGACUACCAGACCAAAUGCAAGUUCAUUUUUCCCUUUGGUAUUUAAUAAUAAAAAAAAAAACUUUCUGUGUCUUAUAGUUUGUUAUUCCCCUCACCCCCUACUGUCUCCUCUCUGUGUGGUGAUGACUUUAAAAAGUCAGUUUUUCUCCAGCCAAAUUUCAGUGUCAUUACAUAUCCUGUACAAUGGGGCACAUGUAAUGAAAUAAGAAUUAAAUAAUUACUUUAAGAAAUAUUUCGGGUUAAACUUGGUCCACAACAUUUGUGGCAUAAUGUUGAUUACAACAAAAAUUAUUUAGAUUUGUUCCCCUUUUUCUUAAAAAAGAAGCAAAAAUUUAUCCAAUAAUAAUAAAGUUUUGGUGAGGCCUUUAUGAUAGAAGUAAAUGUCCAAUGGCCAAUUUUUGGAUGAUUUAAAAUAAAUGUGAAUCUUAUAAUUCCAUAAAAGCACAUACAAUUGUGCAUUGUUUAAAGAGCUGUUCAAGUUGAGCUCAAUCCACAGCAUUUGUGGUAUAAUGUUGAUUACC